AUGUUCUCUAAGAACGCUCUAACGUUUUUCCUAGUGUUAACAUCAUCUUUCAUAGUCAAGUGCGAUGACGAAAAACCCGAACCGAAACCCAAAAAGUCUCUAGCCAGAGACUGCGCAUCAACAUACUCAUCCACGUGCCUCAAACUCGACAUAGUGUCCUGGGUAGAUAAACUCAACGAGCAAGACAGUUACAGUGUCCUUCCCGGAGUGUCAGUGAUACGGGAAAACACCAGUGCCAGAGCGAACACCGCCGAAAUGGUCGCCGAACUAGCCCGUGACUUCCCGAACGAUCCCGACGCUCGGCUCGACGCCUUCCUGAUGAAGAAAGUGACUUCGUACCUCGGCAGCCACUCGCUGCGCUUGGAUUUGCUGAACAAGAACACCGUGGAGACGGCUAGGAAGAAGGGUGGGGGUGGUUUGGGAGGCCAAGGAGGUGGUGGUGGGGGUAGCGGAGGAGGCGGUGGUGGAAUGGGGAUGAUGAUGGCAGCUGGGGCGAUGAUGAAGGGAACUCUGAUGGCUUUAGCUCUGGGCGGUAUAGCGGCCAUCGCUGGCAAGGCGCUCAUGACAGGGCUGAUUUCCCUGCUUAUUUCCGGGAUUAUCGGGCUGAAGGCAUUGACUAGUCAGGGGCACAAGUCUACUACUUAUGAGAUCGUGUCUAAGCCGAUUUAUACACAUUCGGCUUCGCAUUCUGUGGCUCACGAAGAACAUGGACAUCCAGGUUAUGGGCAUUCUUCGUAUGGUAGGAGUUUCGAUAUGCCUUUGCCUUUGGGAUUGCAGCCUGAGUACAAAGCAGCUUGA